GCAUGCUUCGCGACGUUGCAGAGGUUCCGAUGCGGAAGUCUAGGCGCUCUGGAGGCCCUGCAGCUAGCCAUGGCUCUGCGGCGCCCAGCGGAGCCCAGCGUGGUGCAUCCAGGGUCCCUACUCCUGGCAGCACCGCCGUCACGGUGGUUGGGCCUCCGCCGGGAGAGGUCAAGCACCGCUCUGGAGCUGUUUAGCCCACUCGAUGUGGCCCGGCAUGCAGCAGAACAGCUCCAGAAGUAUCUCUCCUGCCACGCGCAUUUCCAGCCAGCCGGGAAAGCUGAGAUCGUGGUCCACGAGCGUCUUGCGGAGCGGUUUGCUGCCGCUGUAGCCGUUCAGAGAGUCGGCGCGAAGUCCCCCACGACGCCGAGCCUAGCUUUCCAUGGCGCUCCCGGGCAGGAUGUGCUGCGCAGCAUCUGUCGCCGAGGGUUCCUCAUGCCUGGGGAUUGGAUUGAAGGCACCCCGGACUUUCUCUCCAUGGAGCAUGGAAACGUGAAAGGCAUGGGUGUCUACACAUCCCCAUGCCUGGACACCGCGGCGCGCUACUCCGGGGUUUACGACAAAGACGGCGUUGGUCUGGUCUUAGUUGCCCUGGUGGCCCCUGGGGCCAUGUGGCGCGAGAAGAGCCGCGAUGAGACGCAACAGCAGAUCUCACGCUGGCACUUCCCACCGAGACCAAAGGAGGGGCAACGCCGUGGCGGAUGGGUCUACCACCGAGGGUACUGGCAGGUGGCCGAUGGCAAUGGCUCUGGGAAGCAGUCUGCUUCGGACGACUGGGACAUGGCUUUUGCACCGGACAGCUGCGCUCUCUACGACGGCGCCUACAACAGCCGCCUCUUCGGCACUGGCACAAAAGUCUCCGAGGAACUGGUCUUGGCGUCAGUGGAUCAGUUGCUGCCGCUGCUGCUGCUGCCUUUUCGUCGUCGUGACUCGGAGAGCAUCCCUGCCACACCUAUGCCGAAACUGCCUGCUCAAAAUCUUCCAGGCGGGCGACGUCGACGGACCCUCUGUGGCUCGAGAGUCUAUGAGUAUCCGUCUGAUCCCCUGCCCGAUCGUUUCCUGCUGUGCCAAAAAAUCGUGGCAGCUGCGACGCCUUCUGACGAGCUUUGGGCGAUCCAUGUAGACGACCCUUGCAUUGGCGGUGAGAGGAGCUAUCGGCCAGCCUUGCAUGUGCUUUUCCUGGUGGAUGAGGCGCUUGCUUCAUCGGAGUUCAAGAAGGAGGUUCCAAUAUUGGUGGAGACGCUGGCGGGGCAACUUCAGGGCAUCACAUCGCUGGUUAUGUUCAACUCCGCCGGCGUGGACUCCAGCCUUUGCCUCCCCUGGGAUGCGUCGAAUUCGUUGCCUGCGCGCUUCGGCGACCGCUGGGCAAAAGCCGGCGCACGCGGCGGAGGUAAUCUGGCUGCCGGGAUUCUCUAUGCGUCGGACUCGAUGAUUUCCAAGCUCGCCAAGGAGACCGAGGCAGAGCUCCUCUCCGCCGGCGCCCCCUGGCGAAGGCUCCGCGCUGGCAUGGAAAUCAACACCACAUCUGGUGAAGGUGCCGUCGUGGAGGAUGUCAGCUUUGACUAUCAGGGCCUUGCCAACCUUGAGGUGAAGUGGACGGCCAGAGCAAGGGCGCAAGAGUCCAGCAACCUCUCCGUGGUCGAAAGCAAGGCGGGGCAGCUUCUCAGAGCUGAGUGGAGUGAGGGCUCUUUCUCGGAGUUUCGCCUCCCAGCGGCUCUGGGCGCGGCCCGGGCGCCCGCAGACGUCGCAGCAGAGACGACUUUCGCUGUUUUCGCGAUCUCGAACUUCGCGGUUGUGGGCACUGAGGCGAACAGGCUCCUGAGCCAAGUGUCGGAGUGCGCAGCCCAGCUGCACUGCAGCGGCUGCCGGGUGUCAAUGAUGCCCAUUGCGCUGGGAGGCGGCGACAGAGGCCUCCGAUUGGCCGCUGCUUUGCGGGAGCUCUCUACCGGAGGAGCGCCCUGGUACCAGCCCUUCCACGGAGCUUCGGCAUCCAGUGAGAUGCCGGCCCUCACCGAGAAGCUUCGUGAGGAGAUGCAGGACUGGAGGACGAAGAAAUCUGCGCGGGGCAGCGUCACCAUCGGACAACUGGCUGCCAAGCAUGGCGAGGGAUUUGUGGAGGAUCCCUUGGCACUGCCCCGCUGGAUGGCGCGGCUUACACCACCCUCGACCGAAGCGGAGGCGGCGGACAUUGUGCAAGGCCAGUGCUUGCUUUUCAAGGGCGAGCUACCCCGAAGGGGAGUCUAUGUUCAAGAUGAGGAACACCGGCUGUUGGACCACUAUCCGCCGCAGAAGUGUUUUGAGCUGCUAAAGGAAGAUGACACGACUCGGAGCAACUCCCAGGCAGUCGUUCUGGAGGCAGUAGGACGAUGCUUGAAUCUGGGCUUCGCAUUGGAGAGGGCUGCGCAGCAACUCAGAUCUUCGAGCUUGGUGGCCCUAGGCCCUAUGAGGACAGAAAUCAAAACAUGGCUUGACCGUCUUCGCACCGUCGCCGAAGAGCUGCAGAUGCCGAAUGACAAGAAAAUGCUGCAGUCCUUCACGAGGCUUCGUGCUCCGCUCCGGGCGGCCAUCGCAGCUCGGCUACGUGGACUGAGCUGCGGCCUCCAGCGCGUGUCAAACGCUUUGUCCGAUGCCGCUGCCCUCGAUGAGGCUGCCGAGAAGGAGCCUGGAGUGUCGGCCUGGAUCCGGCGUGUUUCUUCCAUGCGCUUCGGUGCGCGAGUCCUCCAGCGUGCGAAGAAGAACUUGCCAGAUGAGGGAGAUGGCAUCACAGAACAGGAGCGCUGGGGCAACGACCUGCGCGCGCUUUCCACCUUGUCCCUGGCUGGCGGAGAGAAGGACCUGCCGCGCUGUUUUCUCACCGGCACGACCUUUUUGGAGCAGCUCCAAGAGAGCGCAAGUCUCAUCAGCGAGUUUGAGAAGCUCCACCCAGAGGAGGCGGUCUACGCGAUAGGCUGCGUGGGCAUCCUGAUCCGCUGCCGCCGCAGCGAUGCCUCAGAGGUUGAGCCCUGGCUCCUUGUUGUGGAGCAUGUCUCGACUACCUGGGCUAGCUCCUCCUGUGCCGCCUUGGCGCUGGAGUCAGAGCCUCUUAGAGACGCGGCCGGCGAGUUGGCCCCUGAUGUGGCUGUCCUCGACCUCGAUGGCUCGAAGCCCUUCGUCAAGGAUGCCUACCGCUGGUUCACGAACUCCACCUUGUACAAGAGAUACAUGGCCAUGGUCUUUGCGCGCAACUCGCUGUGCCAAGUCCCAGGCCAAGGCUUCGUGCUGCCAGUUCUUGUUUGGGUGAAGACUGCCGAGCAGCUGAUCAAUCGCCCCGUCAAAGAGGGUGGUCCCCAGUCCGUUUGCCUGGCCCUGGCCGCCAUUUGCUUCAGCGAAAACGCGAAGAUAGUGCUUUCCGGCUGUCCAAGCUUCGGGGACAGAGCAAGAGUUGAAAAGGAGGAUUCACCCAGUGGUUGGGGCUUGCGAGACUUGGAUGCGGAGAAGGAGAGCCUUUAG